AUGGUAAAGACAAGGAAUACUAAUUUUGAAGGGCAACAGUCCGAAGAAGAGCACCAGUCCGGGGCCGAGACGGUUGAGGAGACAAACUUGACCGAUAUGGUACGCCAGAUGAAAGAGGAAAUGAUCGCCAUGAAACAACAGCGAGAGAGAGAUGCCGCCGAGAUGGCAGCAUUGAAAGAAGAGAAUGCUGCUCUAAAAAACCAAUACCGAGACCCCACAUGGAAACCAUCCGAGACGACUCACACUCAAGGAUCGUUCCACUCGCACGGUCAUCACACCUCUUUUCCUCAUACCUCUGUCGCGCCCCCAAGCAUCCAUGCUUCGAUCGGAAGACCGGCGCAGCCAAUGCCGGCCGGGGCACACCGACAUCCAUUUACGCCGAACAUCAUGCAAUCGGCACUUCUUGACCACUGGAAGUCCCUGCCCCUUGACAAAUACGAUGGUACAACCGAUCCCGAUGAACACGUAGAUGUGUUCUUGACUCAAGUUACGCUGAGCACAACUGAUGAUGCCGCCCUGUGCCGAAUUUUCCCAACAUCGUUAAAAGGACGAGCUCUGAGUUGGUUCACUCGGCUUCCGGCCAACUCGAUUGAUUCGUUCAGUACGUUGGCUUCCCAAUUCACAAUUCAAUUUGCUACCAGUCGGCCUCACCAAUUGACCUCGUUGGCACUAAUAAGCAUUCGUCAGGAGAAGAAGGAAUCCCUUCGGACAUUCAUGAGCCGAUUCAACAAAGCAGCGCUCAAAAUUCGAAACUUAAACCCUGCUGUAGCUCUACACCACCUUACUACUGCCUUGAAGCCAGGGCCGUUUGCCAACAUCAUUUGUAAGAAACCCCCUACAGACAUGGAUGAUUUGCGUAGGCGAGCCGACAAGUACAUGUAG